CCAAACCUCAAAUUAUUGCAAUCAAAGGAAGCCAGGGACGAGGCAGGGCUGGUAUAAAACCUUCCUGGGGUGCAUCUUCCCACACUGCUCCAGCUCCGAGGGCACGAGGACCAACCAUGAAGGCUUUUCUGGUGGCCCUGCUGGCUGCAGUCCUGUGUGCCCAGCAAGCUUCCUCCCUGUUUUGCUACAUCUGUGACAACGAACAUUCCAACUGGAACUGCAUGAAAACCUACAAGUGUGAGGACCAUGAGAAAUACUGCACAACCACCUACAGCACUGCUGGAUUUGGCAAGGACGUGGGACACCGCAUCACCAAGAAAUGCUCCGUGGACUGUCCCGAGACCAACGUGAAUUUCGGGAUGGCCGCUUAUUCCACCAAGUGCUGCAGCACCUCCCUGUGCAACUUCAGCGGCGCCAACAGCAUCCGGAUCAACUACGCCGUGGUCCUGCUGGGAAUCCUGGGAAGUUUGAUCUGUGUGCUCAGGGUGGGAUUGUGAUAAGGCCUGGCAGAAGAUUGUGACCACCCGAGAAGCCACGAGGAAUUCCCCAAGUGAGAAACCUCAGCCGAGGGUUUCCAGCAGCGACCCUGUUGUAUUCCAAGACGUUGCUUCAGAUCCCAACACGGCACCUAUUUUUCCCCCCCUGUUGUUUUAUACUAAUUUUUCCCCUGGAAAAGCUCUUUUGAUAGCACGUGUGUGAUAAUUGUUGGACAAAAUAAAGAUUUGUGUUAUUCUA